AUGGCGGCGAAGAAGGGCCUUCUCGCCGCCGUCCUGCUCCUGUCCUUGCUGAGCUCGCCGCUGCCUUCGCGCGCCCAGGCAUCGUCGUCGUUCCCCGUCAAUGUCUGGCCCAAGCCGACGUCCAUGUCCUGGGCGGAGCCUCUCGCCGCCAUGCCGGUGUCCGCGUCGUUCCGCAUCGUCGGGACGUCCGGGAACAGCCCGUACCUCGUCUCCGCCACGCAGCGCUACACCGCGCUGCUCUUCGCCGAGAGGUACAGGCCCAUCGUCCGGCCGGCGGUCAAUGUCACCGCCGGGGGCCCCGCGCUCCAGAGCCUGACCGUGUCCGUGUCCGACCUGUCCGCCCCGCUCCAGGACGGCGUGGACGAGUCCUACGCGCUGGAAAUCCUCCCCACGGGCGUGGCCACCAUCACGGCUGCCACGGUAUGGGCCGCCAUGCACGGGCUGGAGACGUUCUCGCAGCUCGCGUGGAGGGGCCGGCAAGGGGAGCUGCUGGUGGCCGCCGGCGUGCGCGUGGAGGACAAGCCUUUGUACCAGCACCGGGGCCUGAUGCUCGAUACCGGGAGGACCUACUUCCCCGUCGUGGACAUCCUGCGGACGAUAGACACCAUGGCGGCCAACAAGAUGAACGUGUUCCACUGGCACAUCACGGACUCGCAGUCGUUCCCCAUCGAGCUGCCGUCCGAGCCGAUGCUCGCGGAGAUGGGCGCGUACGGUGAGGACAUGAGGUACACCGUCAAGGACGUCAAGCGCAUCGUCGAGUUCGCCAUGAGCCGCGGCGUCCGCGUCGUGCCGGAGAUAGACGCGCCGGGCCACACGGCGUCGUGGGCCGGCGCGUACCCGGAGGCGGUGUCCUGCGCGGGCAAGUUCUGGCUGCCCGACGCGAGCGACUGGGGCACCAGGCUCGCGGCCGAGCCGGGGUCCGGCCAGCUGAACCCGCUGGAGCCCAAGACGUACGAGGUGAUGACCAACAUCAUCAACGACCUCACCUCCCUCUUCCCGGAAGGCUUCUACCACGCCGGCGCCGACGAGGUGACCCCGGGAUGCUGGGAGACGGACCCGUCGAUCCAGGCGGACAUGGAGAAGGGCGGCACCCUGAGCCAGCUCCUGGAGCACUACGUGCGCGCGGUGCACCCACACGUCGUGUCCAAGAACCGGACGGUGGUGUUCUGGGAGGACGUGCUGCUGGACCUGGAGGUGAACGUGAGUUCGUCGGUGAUCCCGCCGGCGACGACCAUCCUGCAGACGUGGAACAACGGGGCCAACAACACGAAGCUGAUCGUGCAGGCCGGGUACCGCGCCAUCGUCUCCUCCGCGUCCUUCUACUACCUCGACUGCGGCCACGGCGACUUCGUCGGGAACAACAGCGUGUACGACGACCAGAGGAGCGACUACAAGACGGACGGGGGCUCGUGGUGCGGGCCGUUCAAGACGUGGCAACGGGUGUACGACUACGACAUCGCGUACAAUCUCACCGCGGAAGAGGCCAAGCUGGUCAUCGGCGGCGAGGUGGCGCUGUGGACGGAGCAGGCCGACUCGACGGUCCUGGACGCCAGGAUCUGGCCGCGGGCGUCGGCCAUGGCGGAGGCGCUGUGGUCCGGCAACCGCGACGCGUCCGGGAGGAAGCGGUACGCGGAGGCCACGGACAGGCUCAACGACUGGCGGCACCGCAUGGUGGGGCGAGGGAUCCGCGCCGAGCCCAUCCAGCCGCUCUGGUGCCGCACGCGCCCGGGAAUGUGCGACAUGGUUCGGUGA